AGCUGUGGUGCUCGCUCUGCCAGCAGCAGCAGAAAGGCUGCUUAUCAAAGAAACGCACAACUGGAGAAGUCCAUUCACUCACAGCCUCUAACCAUGGGUCCUGCCUGCUUCUCCUGGGACGUCUGUUUGCUUUUCCUCCUCAUAAAUACUUUAGAUGUCAUGGGAAAUGUUGGAGUCCCAGAUGCUGACGAGUGCUCUGAAGCCACAGACGACUGUCACAUCGACGCUCUCUGCCAGAACACUCCAAAGUCCUUCAAGUGCAUCUGCAAGACCGGUUACAAAGGAGAUGGCAAGCACUGCGAAGACAUUGAUGAGUGUGAAAACGACUACAAUGGUGGAUGCGUUCACGACUGCAUUAAUAUCCCCGGGAACUACAGGUGCACAUGCUAUGAUGGAUUCAUGCUGGCAGACGACGGGCACAACUGUCUUGACGUGGAUGAAUGUCUGGACAACAACGGUGGAUGUCAGCAGAUCUGCGUCAACACUAUGGGCAGUUAUGAGUGCCAGUGUAAAGACGGGUUCUUCCUGAGCGACAACCAGCACACCUGUAUCCAUCGCUCUGAUGAUGGGAUGAACUGUAUGAAUAAGGACCACGGUUGUGCCCAUAUCUGCAGAGAAACUACCAAAGGCGGGGUGGCGUGUGAGUGCCGGCCAGGGUUUGAGCUGGCCGAAAAUCAGCGCGACUGCAAAUUGACAUGUAACUAUGGAAAUGGUGGUUGCCAACACACAUGCGACGACACUGACGUGGGGCCGAUUUGUGGAUGCCAUCAGAAAUAUGCCCUGCAUUCAGACAGCAAGACCUGCAUUGAGAAAGAUGAGGCUGCAAUUGAGAGCUCUGAAUUCAAUACCACGUCAGUAGCUGAUGUGGACAAGCGGGUGAAACGUCGUCUACUUAUGGAGACCUGUGCGGUGAACAACGGUGGCUGCGAUCGCACUUGUAAGGACACGGCGACUGGUGUCCGCUGCAGUUGUCCCGUAGGCUUCACCCUUCAACCCGAUGGCAAAACGUGCAAAGAUAUUGACGAAUGUUUGGAGAAUAAUGGGGGUUGCGAUCAUUUCUGUCGUAAUACGGUGGGCAGUUUUGAGUGCAGCUGUCAGAAAGGACAUAAACUUCUGACCAACGAGCGCACCUGUCAAGAUAUUGACGAGUGCUCCUUUGAGAGGACGUGUGAUCACGUCUGCAUCAACUACCCGGGUAGCUUUGAGUGUGUUUGUCACAAAGGCUACAGUCUUUACGGCUUCACACACUGCGGCGAUAUUGACGAGUGCAGCAUCAAUAACGGGAGCUGCGAAUACGGCUGUGUGAACACACCGGGCAGUUACGAGUGUGUGUGUCCUCCUGGACAAAAGCUCCACUGGAACAAGAAAGACUGUGUUGAGGCGGUAAAAUGCUUCCAGAAUGGGAAAUCGCCACCUCGUGCUCAACUCAGCUGCACUAAGACAGGUGGAGGAGAGGUGUGUUCACUUUCCUGUCCAUCAAACGCACUCUUUCUAGCAGACUCAGAAAACAGUUAUACUCUGAGCUGCGGUGUACCUGUCCAGCCAGGUAAAGCUCCACUGAAAAGAAACAUCACAACUUCCAGCAGCAGCUCCCUGCAAACCUGCACAGAGAUGCUGGCGCAGCCUGUGAAGCAGAAAGCCCGCUUUAAGAUCAAAGAUGCCAAGUGCCAUAUGAGACCCCGCAACAAGGAGAAACACAGAGACAUGGGGAAGCAGGGACUUCAGGCUGGCCAAUUCCCUUGCACAGACGACUGUCAGGUAACAUUCGUGAAUCUGAAAUGUGACUCCUCCAAAAAGCGCCGCCGUGGCCGGAAAUCUCCUUCAAAGGAAGUCUCGCACAUCACAGCAGAGUUUGAGAUGGAAAUGAAAGAAGAAGAAGCCUCAGAAUCAUGCAACUUGGACUGUGUUCGAGAGAAAACCAAACAGCGAUUACAGAACGCCAUGCGCACACUAAGAAAGUCCAUCAGUAAGCAGCAGUUCUACAUCCAGUUUUCUGGCACUGCAUAUGAAGUUGCCCAGCAUGCCUUACGACACCCGACUGAAGGAGAUGAAACCUGCAGUAUAGGGCAGGUCCUUACUGAUGGGAAGUGCGUCAGCUGCAUUGUGGGGACGUUUUACAGCGGAGAACAGGAACAGUGCGUUAUGUGUCCACUAGGAACCUAUCAGGACAGGGAAGGCCAGCUGUCCUGUGAGCCCUGCCCCAGAACUGAAGGACAGGGCAUCGCAGGAGCCAAAAACGUCUCUGAGUGCGGAGGUCAGUGUCCAGCCGGUCAGUUCUCUUCUGAUGGUUUCCGCCCAUGUCAACCAUGUCAGCUGGGCACCUUCCAGCCUGAGCCAGGCCGUGUGCUGUGUUUUCCCUGUGGCGGAGGACUCAUGACUAAACACACCGGCAGCACAUCAUUUAGAGACUGUGAAGCCAAAGUUCACUGCGCUCUUGGCCAUUAUUAUAACGCCACCACACAUCGAUGCAUCCGCUGUCCAGCUGGUACCUAUCAGUCUGAAUCCGGACAGAACUACUGCAUCACCUGCCCUGGAAACACCACUACAGAUUUCGACGGCGCCAACAACGUGUCUCACUGCAAAAAUCAGAUAUGUGGUGGAGAGCUGGGCGAUUUCAUGGGCUACAUCGAAUCUCCGAAUUAUCCCGGUGACUAUCCGUCUAAUGUGGACUGCGUCUGGACCAUUAACCCUCCAAACAAAAGACGCAUCCUUAUUGUCGUACCAGAGAUCUUCCUCCCCAUCGAGGAUGAGUGCGGGGAUGUUCUCGUCAUGAGGAAAAGUGCCCUGCCCACUUCCAUUACAACUUAUGAGACCUGCCAAACUUAUGAGCGACCAAUCGCCUUCACCUCCCGUUCACGCAAACUGUGGAUCCAGUUCAAAUCGAAUGAGGGUAACAGUGGAAAGGGAUUUCAGGUUCCGUAUGUCACUUAUGAUGAAGAUUACCAACAACUCAUAGAGGACAUUGUUCGAGACGGUCGACUAUAUGCCUCAGAAAACCAUCAGGAGAUAUUAAAAGAUAAGAAGCUGAUUAAAGCUCUGUUUGACGUACUGGCUCAUCCUCAAAAUUACUUUAAAUACACUGUGCAGGAAUCAAAGGAAAUGUUCCCACGUUCCUUCAUCAAACUGCUACGCUCCAAAGUCUCUAGGUUUCUACGGCCGUAUAAAUAGAAACCCGAAACUCUCUUCCACGACUUUCUUUCCUCAUCUUUCUUCCACCUCUUUUUCUCCACUAGCUUUCAGAAGGCCUCACUACUGCAAGAAGAUAAAGACAUUUGGCCUUCUUUCUCUCUGAGAUUUGUCCCCUUUUUUGUCUUUGUUUGUUUGCUAAUAUUUAUGUGCUCGAUUUUGCUAAAGCCCUUGUUGGAUGUUUGAUAUCUACAGUAUAUAUUUGUAUAUGUAUGUAUGUAUAUAUGUGUGUGUUUGCGUGUACAAAAUAUGAUGUGCAAGUUUAUAGCGUAGUAGGACACAAACAGACACACACAGAUAUAUAUUCUUGUUUUGAAAACGUUAUUUUCAUGCCCCUGAUGUGCACAAGGGGUUUCAAUAUGGAGCCAGAUCAGAAUUAUAUUUACAAAAUAUAAUUCAUACAGCCACAACACAACUCACAUUUACAAAAUCCAAUUUGUAUGUUCAAAACACAAUUCAAAAAUACGUAAAUCCUAUUCUUAAAUUCAAAACAUGAUUCAAAAAUACACAACUCCAAUUCGUAAAUUCAAAACACAAUUCAUAAAUAAACAAAUCCAAUUCAUAAUUUCAAAACACGAUCUAAAACUAAAAAAAUCCAAUUCGAAAAUUCAAAACACGAUUCAUAAAUACACAAAUCUAAUUCGAAAAUUCAAAACACGAUUCAUAAAUACACAAAUCCAAUUCAUAAUUUCAAAACACGAUCUAAAACUAAACAAAUUCAAUUUAUAAAUUCAAAACAUGAUUAAAAAAUACACAACUCCAAUUCGUAAAUUCAAAACGCAAUUCAAAAAUACACAAAUCCAAUUUGUGAAUUCAAAACACGAUUCAUAAAUACACAAAUCCAAUUUGUAAAUUCAAAACAUGAUUCAAAAAUACACAAAUUUGAUUCGUAAAUUCAAAACACGAUCCAUAAAUACACAAACCCAAUUUGUAAAUUUAAAACACGGUCCAUAAAUACACAAAUCCAAUUCGAAAAUUCAAAACACGAUUCAAAAAUACACAAAUUCGAUUCGUAAAUUCAAAACACGAUUCAUAAAUACACAAAUCCAAUUCAUAAUUUCAAAACACGAUCCAUAAAUACACAAAUAAUAUUCGUAAAUUCAAAACACGAUUCAUAAAUACACAAAUCCAAUUUGUAAAUUCAAAACACGAUCCAAAAAUACACAAAUCCAAUUCGUAAAAUUAAAACAUGAUUCAGAAAUACACAAAUUCGAUUCGUAAAUUCAAAACACGAUUCAUAAAUACACAUCCAUUUCAUAAAUUCAAAACACGAUUCAUAAAUACACAAAUCCAAUUCGUAAAUUCAAAACACGAUCCAUAAAUACACAAAUCCAAUUCAUAAAUUCAAAACAGGAUUCAAAAAUAAAUAAAUCCAAUACUUUUGGCCAAAAUAUUUAUGAUUUUUACUUGUAAAUUCACAAAUUGUGUGUUGUUUUCAUGAAAUUUGACUUUGUAAAUGUAAUUUGUGCUGUGCAUAUAUGAAUUUUAUUUUGUAAGUGUAUUAUUUUUGAGACGGACCUGUCUCCAUAGUUUCAAUAUCCUAGUGCACUUAAGUUUCUUUUCAGACUAUAAGAAAGAAAUCAGUUUCGGUUUUGACCAUAAAAAAACAACAGCAGAUAAAUGAAACAAAAGGAUAAAGAAAAAAAAACAUAAGAAAUGACAAAGACUACCUGUCAGUAUGAGAGUAUGUGUACGUUGUUUAACUAGUAUUUGGAGCUUCAAUUGCACUUGAAUUUUAUAUUGUAGAGAAUAAGAAAAUCUAAGUUACUUUUUUUUCUUAAUGUUUUUUUGUUGUUGUAUAGAAAUGUUUUACCUUGGUUGUAGGAACACGAAUUGUCAAAUCUGCCCUUCUACAGGGAUACGGAAAGAUGUCUCAGCUCUCCCUCACCUGAAAACAGAAACAAGCAUCAUUAUAAUCAUCUCAUGAUACGUUUUUUUUCUUUCUUUUUUUUGCAGUUUAAAAUCAAGAAAAUUUUAAUGUUGAAGUACUAUCUGGUAACUCUUUUGUAUGUUUUAUUCACACAACACAUUUAGAUGUUAUUGUUGAUGGAACAUUUUGAGAAAGUGUAAAUAUGGUGAUAUUUUUUUGGCAAGUUAGGCUGCUUUGUUUGAGCUGGUUGUCAUAAAAUUCAUGGAAAUAGUGAAGAGGUCAUCAAGUCAGAUCAACAAAGAAGUCUGUUUUGGAUUAAAAGUCAUGUUAUGGUCUAUUACAUAGUUAUAACAUAUCUAUUACAUAGUAAUUAAUUACAAAUCACCUUUGUGCUGUGCACAAAGACAUAUUUUGCUUAUGUUUUUGAACUGUGGAUGAAGAAUCGAGGCUGUUUGUUGAACUGAUGAAAUAUCUGAAGUAUGUGAAUGUUAACUGGCUCAGAUCUUUUCACCUCAUAAAUCAGCAGAAUGACCAUGUUGGAAGCCAAAAAAUACUAUCAGAGGUUUGUACGUUUCUACACGUAGUUCUGGUACAGUUUUAUUUAAUAUUCUUGGUCUGUUUUGUGAAAACUGAUCUUUUUGCAAGACUUGGGUGAGAUAUUAGGGAAAAAAAACCUCAUAAUCAAAUCACAUUUAGCUGUGCCAUUAAGUUGAAAAUGACCCUUUCUGUCAUUUUACAGUAUUCUGCAUAGUUUUGCAUAUACUUUGGACGUGAGGGGUGGGAUGAUCAUUCUAAAGCUGCUUUGUUCUAUAAGCACUUAUUAAUGCUUGUAUUUCUAAUAUCCACAUAUGGGCAGGGAAACACGUUAGCUCAUGCAUCGAGCAUAAAUGAACAUACAUUCAUGCAUGAACACAAAUGCAUUACCUAAUCCGUAUUGUUUACCAUUUCAGAGAUAACUGCAGGUUGUCGGUAAUAUGUUUUAUAUCACAUUUUAAUGUCUCAUUUGAUUUAAAGAAAGGCACGUGACUGUUUGAAGAAAGAAGAAUGUAUGACAUGAAAUUGACACACACACACACAAACACACACACAACGUGAUCUCAAAGUACUUUGCCCCUCAGAUCGAGAGAGUGAAUCAGACUGCUGCUGGAGCGAAUUGUAAGCUUUAUGAAUUCAGAUGUGUAAAUGAUGUACAAAUGGUAGUGUUGUUUUUUUUUUUUAUUAAGUUAAUAUUACAGUAGAAGGAGCCAUUAUGAUGGGGAAGGUGACAGUCUAACAUGUACAGGACUGUUCUUGAAGGCUCUGUUGAAUAGUAUGAUUCCCACAAUGGUGAAUGACCACAGUACAGAAGAAUGAACAAUUCAGCAGUGUGAAAUCAACCCCAGAAGAUGUGUAUAAGAGAAUGGAAACUAUUGUUAAGACCUCACUUUAUUAAUAAAUCAUUCAAAUCCCA